AUGUCCGCCAACUACGAGCGCGAGCGCCAAAACAAUGCGCGCCUCGACGAGCUAGCCUCCAAGGUCUCUGCCCUCCGAGGCGUGACCAUAGACAUUUAUGACCAAGCGCGCAACCACGAAGUCAUUGACCAAACGACCGAUACCUUCUCCUCCAUGGGCUCUCAGCUCAAAGGCUCCGCCACCCGCCUAGGCCGCAUGGCCGCGUCGGGGAACAAGGUCGCCAUUCUCAAGCUCUCGGGCAUUCUUAUCGGGAGCUUCUUGGUUAUUUACUAUCUUUACCGGCUUUUUCUUGGUUAA